CCCGCGCUGCGUGCUACGUCACGACGUCGGGCCGGCUAUAAAAGGCGGGAGCGGAAGGGGCGCCGGCCUUUCGGCGGCAGGCCGCGGCGGCGGCAGCAUGGGGGCGCAAAAGGACAGGAAGGCUAAGAAGGCGACGUGGAAAUUCUGCCUCGACUUGACGCACCCUGUCGAAGAUGGGAUCUUUGAUUCCGGGAACUUUGAACAGUUCCUAAAGGAGAAGGUUAAGGUCAAUGGAAAAACGGGAAACUUGGGAAACACCGUUCACAUUGAGCGUUUGAAGAACAAGAUCACGGUGACAUCUGAGAAGCAGUUUUCUAAAAGGUACCUGAAAUACCUCACAAAGAAGUACCUCAAGAAGAACAACCUUCGUGACUGGCUUCGUGUGGUUGCAUCUGACAAGGAGACGUAUGAGCUACGCUACUUCCAAAUUAGUCAAGAUGAAGAAGGAUCAGAAUCUGAGGAAUGAUGUAGCUUACCUUUAUACUUACUACAGUGUACAAAAAAAAUAGAACAUCUAUUUAUGAGAACACUUAACUUAUUCGUGAAUAAAGAUUUUGUACUCUGUUGGACAGAG